AUGUUUAGAAGCUUGAAGCCGACGGGAAAAAUAUUUGUGAGAUAUGGUGAUCGAAUGCCUACUCACUUUGACCGCGUCUAUCGCGAGCUCAACCCGGAAAAUUUGGACUGUCUGAUGAGCAUUAACCAGUUUGAACCAAGGCCCGUAAUUGAACAGAUGUGUCUGGCGGCUGGAUUUCGCGUUCUGAAGAGUUUUGACGAGAAAUUUGAAGAUCGAGUGUUUGAAAACGGCGAGAGUCUUUGUUUGUUUUUCUGGGCGACUACAAACGGCGUAUUUGAUCCACAGUUUGUUACUGAAGACCGAGUUUGA